CCCUGCCGUCGCUACGCUCCUGAGCAGCACCGAAGCAAUGCGGGGAAGCUGGAAUGAAUUGGAUAAAAGGAGACCGAGAGAAGUACAGAUACAAUGGAAGCAACACCUCCUGGGAUGCAGCACCAAAGACAACUGAUAUCGUUUAAAGCCACCAACUGUUUUAACAGGCUCCUGUGUGGUGGUGGUGGGGGGAGCGGAGGGGGGGGGUAAAACAAACUUUCAAUUCCUUUCAUCCCCUGAUCACUCCCCCUGCCCCAUUUUGGGUUUCAGACUAGUGCUGGCUAUUCUGCUCUGCACUUUGAACGCUCUGUUCUGAGUGUGUGUGUGUGUGUGUGUGUGUCGCUCCUUCACUGACUGGCUGGGAACUUUCUCCAUGUACGAGCAACUUGGCAGCUGUCAUUGGGGCUUUAAUCUCGGAGAGGUUGGGGGUUUUAAUUGGAACAUCGACCUCAGCCUGACCUCCCUCCCCUUCCCCAAGAGAAGUGACCAGCUGACAGCCAACUGAGAAAAAUCCACAACAGGGAAAAAAAAACCUCUGUACCAGCGAAACAGGGUGGGGGUGGGGGUGCCUUUACAAAGCAGCUGUAAGUGGAUCUGCUGGUGCCUCCUGUCCAAAACCGUGUGGUGUAUCUGUGAGGGAACUUGAUAUUUCAUCUUCGCUGAGGAGGGGCAGAAAGUGGCACUCCAUGUCCGAACUGGAGGCCAGCGCGUGUUUCAUUGAUUUACUGGAGGGGGAAAGGGUUUUCUCCCAAAACGAGAACAUCGGCAGCACAAUAGCAAACGAAAGCUGGCCUCGGCUGACGUGAACGUGGUGUCUCUGGGAUGUACUUAUAAGCCAAGGAGAGGGUAUUUAAGCACGUGCAUCUGUCCAGCUCAAACCAAAAUCAGCUGUGAAGCCCCCACUCCCCAGUGCUGGAGCAAAAGGAGGAUCACAGGACACAGCUGCAAGCUGACUUGUGCCAGGCUACUCUCUCUCUCUUCUGCUUCCCUUUCGGAGUUGGUGGCAGGAACCCUAUCCCCGUGUGUGUACCAUAUACUGGAUAUAAACUGUUCACCUCACCUCCUACAAGGUCACUUCAGCAACUCUGGGUGUCUGACUUUCAACCUGCAGAUCCUCUUCAAUAUUGAAGCAUUCGAAGGAGUCCCUGCAAUUUCUUCACUUUUAUUUUGGUGCAAAUUUUCAACUGAUUUUAUUUUCCCUGUGUGUUUUGUGGGGAGCAUAGGAUGUAAGUAGCUGUGUGAUCCCUUCCUAUGGACAAGCAGCUAACAGAUUAUUUACUCACCCGUGGUUUCUGUGUGGGCUCUUGCUGCUCGUGAAUUCACCCCCUGUGGCUCGUCGACAUUCAAAUAUUGGUUGCUGCUCUCACCCAACUUACAGAGGUCAUUUGAAGUGUGCAGCGUGGGACCUGCUGGCUAGUUUUCAAGUUGUUCCACACUUUAUCGGUCUCCCAGUCCGUGCUGGUGCGAGGCGCCCUCAGGAUCCAGUGAAUCAUCUGUCCCACUCUCUCUUUCUCCCUCACCAUCACUGCUCUGAGAAACUGAGCUCACUUUCCUUCCCGACCUGCACCGGGCUUUCUGCAGUUCACCCCACUCGACCAAGUUUGCUCCAAUGGUGAUUACCUCCACCAGCGAAGUUGAACAGUCUCCCCCGAGCAUGCUGGCUGCCCUGCAGUCAGAAUGGAUUAAGCAGGAUCCCAUUUGUUACCUGCCCGCCACUCACUGCAGCAAGAAGGCAUCACGAAGUGGGACCAGCUCAGGAUGCAAGCCCCCCUCCUCUCACUGCUUGGCUGCCUCAUUUGGCUUCACCCCCGCUGAGCCCAGCAUGUCAAACCAGCACGGGCACCUGCCUCUUGGCAAUGUGCAGCCCAUGUGUGAACUCCAGCAGGUCCGGCAGGGGCAUCACUGGGGCGUGACCGCUGGCCGGGCACCGACAUCUGACCACCAGAGAGGCAACCACAGCGACAGGGUGUUAUCAGACAUGACGAUCUUACAGAGGAGGAUCCCACUUAGCUUCCGUGAGCCUGGAACAGCGCCCCUGAGGAAACUCUCGGUGGAUUUGAUUAAGACGUACAAGCACAUUAACGAGGUGUACUAUGCCAAGAAGAAGCGCCGGGCCCAACAUGUUCCUCCAGAUGAUUCCAGCAACAAGAAGGAGCGGAAGAUUUACAAUGAGGGUUACGAUGAUGAUAACUAUGACUACAUUGUGAAGAAUGGGGAGAAAUGGAUGGAGCGUUACGAGAUAGACUCCUUGAUCGGGAAGGGCUCGUUUGGACAGGUGGUGAAGGCCUAUGAUCACCAUGAACAGGAAUGGGUGGCUGUUAAGAUCAUCAAGAACAAGAAAGCCUUCCUGAACCAGGCUCAGAUUGAACUGCGCCUCCUGGAGCUCAUGAACAAACAUGACACUGAGAUGAAGUAUUACAUAGUUCACUUGAAGCGACAUUUCAUGUUCCGGAACCAUCUAUGCCUGGUCUUUGAGCUGCUCUCCUACAACCUGUAUGACCUGCUGCGGAACACCAACUUCCGCGGGGUCUCCCUCAACCUGACCCGCAAGUUCGCCCAGCAGAUGUGUACAGCCUUGCUCUUCCUGGCCACCCCUGAGCUCAGCAUCAUCCACUGUGAUCUCAAGCCAGAGAACAUCCUGCUGUGCAACCCCAAGCGCAGUGCCAUCAAGAUUGUUGACUUCGGCAGCUCCUGCCAGCUGGGGCAAAGGAUCUACCAGUAUAUUCAGAGCCGUUUCUAUCGCUCACCCGAAGUGCUGCUUGGCAUGCCCUAUGACUUGGCCAUUGACAUGUGGUCACUGGGCUGUAUCUUGGUGGAGAUGCACACAGGAGAGCCUCUCUUCAGUGGAUCCAAUGAGGUGGAUCAGAUGAAUAAGAUAGUGGAGGUUGUCGGGAUUCCUCCGAGUCACAUGCUGGAACAAGCACCCAAAGCCCGCAAGUACUUUGAGAAGCUCUCUGACGGGCUGUGGGCCAUCAAGAAAGUGAAAGACAUGAAGAAGGAAUAUAAAGCAGCUGCCUCCCGCAAACUCCACAACAUCAUUGGCGUCGAGACAGGGGGUCCCAAUGGGCGACGGGCAGGUGAACCCGGACACACGCCCGCUGAGUACUUGAAGUUCAAGGACUUGAUUCUAAGGAUGCUGGACUAUGAUCCUAAAACGCGAAUCACCCCUUUCUAUGCACUUCAACACAACUUCUUCAAGAAGACCUUGGACGAAGGGACAAACACAAGCAACAGCAUCUCGACCAGCCCUUCGGUGGAGCACAGCCAGUCAGCCAGCACUGCCAGCUCCCUGUCCAGCUCAGGUGGCUCCAGUGGGUCUUCGAGUGAUAACCGGAAUCAGCGGUACACCAACCGAUACUUCAACAGCACCGAGGCUCACACAGACUAUGAAAUGCACAGUCCACAGGUUCCGCCGCCUUCAGUGCACCACCAGCAGCUGCGCCUGUGGACCAGCGGAGACGCGCCAACCAGAAGCAGCAGCGAUCUGUACCCCUCGCUGCUCCCUCACCCCGUGACUGCGGCUCCACAGCAGCACCUCCAAGGUAACGAGCACCACCUCUACCGCCACGGGAGCGUCAGGGUACCACAGCAGCACCAGUACCACCACCACCACCACCACCACCACCACCACCAUCGCCAGCUGCUGCCUGGCUCCCCACCGCUGGCACCCGAUCCUGCUGCCUCUGCCCACGCCUUCCUCCUCCUCUCCCCCCAGAGUCCGGACUCCACCCAGCGAGGAUCCUCGGGUUUGCACCUUCGGACUAGGACAGCCAUACCCGUGCACAGCCUGUACCCACCUUCUGCCCCCCCAGGCUCUGAGACUGACAGCCCGCCGAGGGGUCCCAGGCAGCUCCGCUCCAGACCUGAACCAGACAGCACGCCGAUGAUGGGCUUCUGCCCUCAGCAAAGCUCAACAGCCACUUCCUGAUGAUAACUAAACGGAGAUAAAAGCAAAUUCUAUAUAUUAUAUAAAAGAUGGAAAUGAAUAAAGCCAUAACAUUGAUCAAGUGCUGCAUGGGUCAGGGCAGAGUGGGGGGGUG